AAUAAAAUAUUAUUAUCAUUAUUUUAUAUUAUUAUUGUAUCGUAUAAUAUAAUUAUAUUGUACGGUACGCAGUCCUCAUUGGCGUAUCGCGCGUAGUAAUUUUAUUUUAUUGCCAUUGUCGUAUUGACAUUAUCUUUAUCACAUAUUAUUAUAAUGUUUUGCUUUGGUGCGCGUCACUAACGAUUGGGGACGAUAACCGACGGCGUAAAUCGGCCGCUCGGUAUGUCCACCGGUGAAGUCCGCGGUUGGUACCUCGACGUUGCGCACCUGCCUGUUUUACCGCACCGUCGUGUACGUCAUCGUCUGCAGUUUAAUAAACCGUAACCGAAACGUAUUUAUUAUUAUCCGACCGGACGGCGUACCUGUUUCACGGCUGCAACUACGACUACCGUCGACCACAGUUAUCCGGGAAUACCUAGAUAAGAUAACCAUUAACCACCAGCAACCAACAGCAGACGUCGACCUGCACCGACGACCAUCGUCCAAUAGUCGUACUGCGCGCACGCAUUGCAGCGUCUGAAGCAGCUCUACAGCUCGUUAUACAUAUUAUAAUAGGUACACUGCGACGUGGAUAUAAUGUUCAGCGGUAAGUGCACGAGCAAGGCCAGACUGGAUGGCAAAACUGCCAUCGUCACCGGUUCGAACACGGGCAUCGGAAAAGUAACUGCAAAAGAAUUUUAUAGACUAGGUGCAAAAGUCAUAAUGGCGUGCCGGGACGUUAAAAAGGCGGAACAGGCAGUAUCGGAAAUCGUGGCUGAAGUACAAGGUGACGGACUCGGACAAUUAAUCAUUGAGGAAUUGGAUUUAGCAUCUUUCGCUUCAAUUAAGCGUUGUACGAAAAAUAUUUUACAGAAAGAAAAACAAAUUCACCUGCUAGUGAACAAUGCCGGCGUCAUGACGUGCCCUAAAGGUAAAACCGAAGAUGGUUUUGAACUUCAAUUCGGCAUUAAUCAUUUGGGACACUUUCUAUUCACAUUGCUUCUGUUACCAAGAAUCCGAAGUUCAGCACCAGCUCGCAUUGUAAUUGUGUCGUCUCUGGCACAUGUAUUCGGUUCAAUUAAUUUCAAAGACAUCAAUCACGACACAGGUUAUUCACCCGCUAUUGCUUACAGUCAAAGUAAACUAGCCAAUGUGUUGUUUUCGAAAGAACUGUCGCGAAAACUUGAAGGGACCGGCGUUAAUGUGUACAGUUUGCAUCCGGGUAUUAUAUUCACCGAAUUGACCAGAACUCUAGAACAAGUAUACUUUCCGGGUAUGUUGUUUUUGGGUCGUAUCAUCCUUUAUCCGUGGGCCAAGAAUCCGAAACAAGGAGCUCAGACUACUUUAUACUGUUCGAUAGAUGAGAAAACUGCAGCAGAAACCGGACUAUAUUACAGCGAUUGUAAGGUAAAACAACCGUCAGCGUCUGCUAGAGAUCCAGAGCUGGCGAAAAAACUUUGGGAAACUAGCAUAGAAAUGGUCGGCUUAAAGGAUUACGACAUGUUUAAUUGCAGCGGAGACUCGCUUCCCGAACCUUUAAAAGAUAUUUGAAUGAAAAAUUAUCUUUGUUUUUAAUAGUAAUCAAUGAGACUCUAGACCUAGCGAUGAUAUAAAAGUGUUUUCAAGUGACGUUAAUAUUUGGCUUAGUUACCUCCUGGCCUCUUAGUCUAGAAUGACGAUAACUUUUAAUGAUCAGGCGUCUACAAGUUUCUUUUGUAGGAAAAGUGACCGCUUCUAAAUUGCAAAUUUUAAAAACAGAAGUUAGUAUCUCCACAAGACACUUCUUAAAUAGUACAAAAUAUCUCAAGAAUUUGAAGAUAAGGUCAUUUGAAAAUUCAGAAAAUCAGAUUUUGAAUAACUGUAUUAUUGAUGAAGAAAAAAGUGGUGAGCUUACUUAGUGGAUCAUUCCGUAUAUUGUAUUAGAUAUCUAAUAAAAUUUAUACCUAUAAAAUUUUCCAA